AUGGGGUCCAGCACGGCUGAGACGGAGUCUAUAAAACCCCCAGAUGGAGGAUGGGGGUGGGUGGUGCUGUCGGGUUGCUUCGUCAUCACUGGCUUCUCCUAUGCCUUCCCCAAAGCCAUCAGUGUUUACUUCAAAGAACUGAUGCACGACUUUGAUUGUGGUUACAGUGACACUGCCUGGAUUUCCUCCAUCAUGUUAGCUAUGCUUUAUGGCUCAGGCCCGGUUUCCAGUAUAAUGGUGAACAGGUUUGGAUGUCGUCCAGUCAUGCUGGUCGGAGGGUUACUAGCUUCUGCAGGAAUGAUUGGCGCUUCCUUCACCACCAAUAUCAUCCAGCUUUAUGUCACGGCUGGGGUUAUUACAGGUCUGGGCCUAGCCCUGAAUUUCCAGCCCUCACUAAUAAUGCUGGGCAGCUAUUUUGACAAACGCAGACCUCUGGCAAACGGACUCGCUGCAGCUGGGAGCCCAGUUUUCCUAUCCGCCCUGUCUCCCUUAGGACAAGUUUUAUUGGAUCGCUUUGGAUGGAGAGGCGGUUUUCUGAUCAUGGGAGGCUUGCUGCUGAACUGCUGCACCUGUGGUGCUGUUAUGAGGCCUCUGGAGGGUCGGGCACGAAAGACCACAGGCAACGGUGAGGCAAAUGCCCAAGAACUGAAACAAAUGCUUCCGUUAAAGGUAGGAGAGGAGAAUAACAACUCGGUGAAAACACAUAAGGAGAAACAUAAAAAGAAGCUUCUGGACUUCAGCGUGCUACGUGACAAGGCGCUUGCGAUCUACAUCAUUGCCAAAUUUAUCGUGGUCCUCGGCCUGUUUGUCCCUACCAUCCUCUUGGUGAACUACGCGAAGGAUCAGGGUGUGCCUGACCGUAGUGCUGCUUUUCUGCUUUCCAUUAUCGGCUUCAUUGACAUCUUCGCUCGGCCCACGUGUGGCGUCAUCGCUGGUUUUAAGUGGGUGCGGCCCAGGAUGCCAUAUUUCUUCAGUCUGGCUCUGGUCUUUAAUGGGCUCACAGAUGUGUGCUCGGCCAGGAGCACAGACUACUGGGGACUAGUCAUCUUCUGUGUGUUCUUUGGGAUUUCGUAUGGAAUGGUGGGUGCUCUGCAGUUUGAGGUGCUUAUGGGUAUUGUAGGCACAAAAGGUUUUUCUAGUGCCCUUGGCUUGGUGUUGCUCAUUGAAGCAGUAGCAGUGCUUAUUGGACCUCCCUCUGCAGGUCGUUUGGUAGAUGCUUACAAGAACUAUGAACUGAUUUUCUAUAUGGCUGGUGGAGAGCUGAUCGCUGCUGGACUAUUCCUUGCAGUUGCAUUCUGCUGCUGCAUCAGACGACACAAAACCAAAGACUCACCAGAUGCUGAGGACCCAAACAUUCAGAAUGAGAACAACCAUGCCAGUCAUGACGAAGAUCAAAUGCAUCAAAUGUCACUGAAGGAUGGGUAG